UCUCAUUAUAGUAUAGAAGAAUUCAAGAUAGGCAGCAGCAAAUGAAGACUAUAAAAGGAAAGAAGAAGCAACAUCAAAGAUUGAGAAAAUCUGCCAAGACAAGGAGAGUAACCCAGAGGAAGCCUUCUUCAGGGCCUGUUUGCCGGCUAUGCCUUCAAGAACCUGGGGAUCCCGAAAAAUUAGGGGAAUUUCUUCAGAAAGACAAUCUCAGUGUGCAUUAUUUCUGUCUUAUCCUAUCUAGCAAGCUGCCUCAGAGGGGCCAGUCCAAUAGAGGUUUCUAUGGAUUCCUGCCUGAGGACAUCAAAAAGGAGGCAUCCCGGGCCUCUAAGAAGAUCUGCUUUGUGUGCAAGAAAAAGGGAGCUGCCAUCAACUGCCAGAAGGAUCAGUGCCUCAGGAACUUCCAUUUUCCUUGUGGCCAGGAAAGGGGUUGCCUUUCACAAUUUUUUGGAGAGUACAAAUCAUUUUGUGGGAAACAUCGCCCAACACAGGACAUCCGAUGGGAGAAUGUGGGGGAGGAAAGCUGUGUCUUGUGCUGCGAAGACUUAGCCCAAGCAAGUGUUGAAAACAUCCAGAGUCCGUGCUGUAGCCAAACUAUCUACCACCGCAAGUGCAUACAGAAAUAUGCCCACACAUCAGCAAAGCAUUUCUUCAAAUGUCCACAUUGCAACAAUCGAGAAGAAUUUCCUCAAGAAAUGCUAAGAAUGGGAAUUCAUAUUCCAGACAGAGACGCUGCCUGGGAACUUGAGCCAGGGGCUUUCUCGGAGUUGUAUGAGCGCUAUCAGCAUUGUGAUGCCCCCAUCUGUGUGUAUGAACAAGGCAGAGACAGCUUUGAGGAUGAAGGGAGGUGGAGCCUCAUUCUGUGUGCUACAUGUGGAUCCCACGGAACCCACAGGGACUGCUCCUCUCUCAUAUCCAGCUGUAAGAAAUGGGAGUGCGAGGAGUGUGCGCCUGCUGCUGAAGCCACAGACUACACACCUGAAAACUCAGGUGACAUCCCCUGUUGCAACAGCACUUUCCACUCCAGGGGGCAUUUUUGCAGAGACACCAGCCUGGAAGAGAAUCCGGGCCCUUCUUCGACUGACUGA